UUCAAAUAAAUAAAUAUUAUUUUAUUCACGCCUUUGAUUCCGUUCUGUUUUUGUCAACUAUGGAGAAGUAAUCCACACACACAAGCACACCAUCAUACACACGCAGAAGAGCCACCUUCUUCAUCAAUCAUCAUCUCACAUGGGUGUUGUAGAGAGAGAUAUAGACGAUCUGCUGAAGAAUCCGGCGAACUACACGGCGCUCACGCCGCUCGGUUUCCUGGAGCGGGCCGCGCUGAUUCACCCGACCCGGAAAUCCGUGGUCCAUGGCUCCGUCGCUUACACGUGGCAGCAGACUUACCGCCGUUGCCGCCAGCUUGCUUCCGCUCUCACAAGGCGGGGCGUCACCUUUGGCAGCACCGUGGCAGUCAUUGCACCAAACAUUCCAGCCAUGUACGAAGCUCAUUUCGGUGUUCCGAUGUCGGGUGCUGUACUAAACGCCGUCAAUGUUCGUCUGAACGCGCAGACAAUUGCUUUUCUGUUAGGACACUCACAAUCUGCAGUGAUUAUGGUUGACCAAGAGUUCUACACUUUGGCAGAGGAGUCUCUCAAAAUUAUGUCGGAAAACAGCAAAGAGAAAUUCAACCCUCCGAUUUUAAUCGUGAUUGCAGAUGAAGUCUGUGAUCCAAAAUCACUUCAAUACGCACUGCAAAGAGGGGCCGUUGAAUAUGACAAGUUUCUAGAAAGUGGUGACCCGGAUUUCGAAUGGAAGCCGCCGCAAGAUGAGUGGCACAGCAUUACUUUGGGUUAUACUUCCGGUACGACAGCUAGCCCUAAGGGGGUGGUUUUGCACCAUCGUGGGGCUUAUUUAAUGGCUCUGAGUAAUGCUGUAGUAUGGGGAAUGAAAGAAGGAGCUGUUUAUCUUUGGACUUUGCCUAUGUUCCAUUGUAAUGGCUGGUGUUUCACUUGGACUCUUGCAGCACUUUGUGGUACCAGCAUAUGCCUUAGACAGGUCACAGCUAAAGCCGUUUACUCAGCAAUAGCUAAUCAAGAAGUAACCCAUUUCUGCGCAGCACCAAUAGUCCUCAACACAAUAGUAAACGCCCCCAAAAAUGAGACCAUUCUACCCCUCCCUCGCACAGUCCACGUAAUGACAGCUGGCGCCGCUCCGCCCCCUUCAGUCCUCUCCGCCAUGUCCAAGCAAGGCUUCCGAGUCACACACACCUACGGCCUCUCCGAAACUUUCGGGCCCUCAACUAUUUGUGCAUGGAAGCCCGAGUGGGACCGACUCCCGCCCGAAACCCAAGCCCGUUUAAAUGCCCGACAAGGUGUCCGCUACACCGCCCUCGAGGGCUUGGAAGUUGUAAAUCCCCAAAACAUGACACCUGUCCCUUCCGACGGAAAAACGGUCGGAGAAAUUGUGUUCAGAGGAAACGCCGUAAUGAAGGGGUAUUUAAAAAACCCUAAAGCGAACAAGGAAGCUUUUGCGAACGGGUGGUUUCAUUCGGGUGAUCUUGGUGUGAAGCAUGAAGAUGGCUAUAUCGAAAUCAAGGAUAGAUCGAAGGAUAUUAUUAUAUCGGGUGGUGAGAAUAUAAGUAGCGUUGAGGUGGAGAAUAUUCUCUACCAGCACCCUGCUAUAUUCGAAGUUUCGGUUGUGGCUAGGGCGGAUGAGAAAUGGGGUGAAUCGCCUUGUGCAUUUGUGACUUUGAAGCCGGGUAUCGAUGAGUCUAGUGGGUCCCGCGUGGCCGAAGAUAUAAUGAGGUUUAGUCGGUCGAAAAUGCCGGCAUAUUGGGUACCGAAAUCGGUGGUUUUUGGUCCGUUGCCUAAAACUGCUACCGGAAAGAUACAAAAGAAUUUGUUGAGGGAGAAGGCGAAGGAAUUGGGACCCGUUAAGAUGAGUAGGCUAUAAAAAACGCGCACGCAUACAUGUGGGUGUGUAGAUGAACUUCAUAGAGUGUAACAUGUAUUAAUUUAUAUUGUACCAUUGUAAUAUCUUGUGUUAAACCCUUUUGAAACACGUUGUUUUUCUUUAUGUGUUUUUAACUUUCU